CAGAAACCCCACACCUCAGGUUCCCAAAUUAUGGAAUUAUGGGUAAAUGCCACCACAUCUCCUCCCAAAAGGAUGAAGGGUCUGCAGUACAAAGGCCAGAAGCUUUGAGGCGAAGCAAAUAGGGGCUUCUUGAGUUCUAAUGAAGAAACCCCAGUGAAGAGGAACAGAGAGUGAGAAGACCUGGUGGUAAUCGAGUCCUUGUCUCUCCUAUCUGCAGGUGGUCAUGGUGCCCAGGCUUGCCUGCUAGUAGGCUGCCAUGUCUCGCGAGGCAGGUUCAUGUCGAGUGGGCACUGGGACAAGGGCACGGUCAAGAAAGCCCAAGAAGCCACACUACAUCCCACGACCCUGGGGCAAGCCCUAUAACUAUAAGUGCUUCCAGUGUCCCUUCACCUGCCUGGAGAAGUCCCAUCUCUAUAACCACAUGAAGUACAGCCUCUGCAAGGACUCCCUCUCUCUGCUGUUAGACUCUCCCGACUGGGCAUACCGCCGUGCACCCCCCUCGCCCAGGCCUCGGGCACCCACCCCCAGCUGCUCCAUAGACUUCUCAGACCCGGGUAGCCAGCCUACUGUGCCAGAUCUCAUCAUCACUGACAGCCUUUCCCAGCGUCGUUGUGGCAGGGGCCCAAAACCUGGACCAGAGGAGUCCCCAGGGUCACUGCCCCCUCUGACUAGAGCCAUCCGGAAGGGUCCAGGCCCCAGUAACCUCUUGACAGAGUCGUGGAAGCCAGGACUGAGUGGUGGUCUGAUAAGUGGGGCUCUAGGGGCUGUAGCUUCAGCAGAUUCUGAGAGUAGUGUCCCCUGCUACCCACCGCCUGCCCAGGGAGAGUUCCCUGAAGCCCAGAGCCUCCACUUGUCAUUGCUGGGUGUCAACUACCCUCUCGGCCCAGGCCUCUUCUCCUAUCUGGGGCCCUCACUGGCGGCUGCUGCUGCCCACAUGCCCUUCCUGGCCUCAGCAAGCCCCUUGCUGCCCCCUGCAACCUUCCCAACCCCACAGGCACCCGAGCGCCCAGGCCUGGCCCCCCGCCUGUACUACCCGCUGCUACUGGAGCAUACCCUAGGACAGUCAGCAGGCAGGACUGCCCCUACCAAGUCCUCUGUGUCCCUCAAGGGGCCUCCUGGGGCUCUGGCUGCUCCUGGGCUGAUGAAGGUGCCUGUGCCAGGGCUGGGGGCACCCUGGCCCCAUAGCACUUCCAGAGACCCAGGGCAUGAAGGAGAGCUGGAACGAGUGGCUCAGAGCAACCAGCAGAAGAGGCUGCCCCCGGGCAAUAUGCCUGAGUUCCCAAAGGACCCCUUGAAACUGGCAAAAUUUGGCUGUCAGAACAGCCUACCAACAGGGUCCUCCCUGACAUUCUGGCUUGAGGACAAGGAGCCAGGUAAUCCUGAAGCCCCAGGCCCUGAGGUUCAUCUUCUGCAGCAGCCACAAGGCCAAGUGCUAGGAAGUCCUGGCCCAGUGGGAGAGGACCUGACCCAGGCCUUUGGUGACUACGCCAGGGUGGAGCAGUGCUUGGGGCAGCUGGUACCGACUGGGGAUCUCGCCCCUAGACCUUUACGGGAGCAGCUUGGCAAGAUUCGCCGCGAGCUGUUCACCAUCCAUCAGGCGCUGGCCCGGGCAGCUCGGCCGCUGGACACACCUCUGGACCUCUCAGUGAAGCGGGUGCCUACCAAGGGAACUAAGGCACCUGCAGAGUCCUGGGGGCUGCCCGAGCCAAGCCCCAUGCUGGCAAGGGGGGCCUCUGAGCCCUCCAGGAUACUAGGUCCUGUACUCGAGCCUUUCUCUAGCCGUACCACCAAGUGUGAGGCUGACUCCAGCGUCCCGCCUCCUGCCCUCCCGCUCCAGGCCCCUGAGGACCAUGGAAUUCCUGGUAAUGGCUGGGGCAAUCGUCUUGGGGCUGGCAGCUCCCAGACCCCUAAGGAUACCCCAAGCUUGAAGAUCCUCCCAGGUACUGAGGUCUGUCCACAGCCACCUUAAUGUGUGGGCUCCUCUCCCUGGCCUGGGCCCCAUUGUCUGGGCCUGUCCAGUGUCAGUGUGCAUGCAUUCUAGACAGAUGCUCCCCAUCCCCCCCACACUAGCCCAUGGUAGAGGUUUAUCUCUGGUGUCACAUGGACAUAGGAAAGUCAUGCUUUAUUUAUUGGACGGAGUUGUGGUCAUUAAAAUAGAAACCACCUUCAAACACCCUACUUGGGUUUCUUUCCUUUUCUGUCCCUGCAUAAGCACCUGGGCACCCUCAAGGAAAUGUCCCUGACCUGAGCAUCCCUGGGAGCAGUGUCUAGGACACCAUGCUGGGAUUCACCUUCGGCUUCAAAUUCCUUAUUGUGGACUUGAUUCUUCCAAAGAGUCUGGGGCCAAGGGAUGGGCUGGGUACACUCAAUUAGGGGACUCAGGGAAGAGUGGCAGAGAGGCAGACAUGUCAGGAUGACCUGGUCUGUUUCAGCUCACAGGGGAUGGGCAAAGACCCUGCUCGUCCUUGGGCCUGAAUCCAUCCAAGCAGCCCAAUGCCAGCUUUGCCUGUGGUGGUCAAAGCCUCCUGCCUUCUAUGGCUCCAGGCUGCUCACCCCGUGUGGCCUUCCUGGGCCCCCCGCCAGUCCCUGCAGCCAUGAUAGGC